AUGGCGCCUUUAUUUGGCAAUGACGGCUCGGCGAGCCAAAGUGACACUGUUUCUGGUGAUUCCCAAGUCGCAAUUAGCAACCACGCUCCCACAACUCCGCCCCAGAUGGUCGUGACCGAGUUUCGGUCGCCUCCUCGAGUUCAAUCUCACCAACCUUCAACUCGGUUCCGCAACACGCAGGGCCAUCGACGACGACAUCGACGAGCCACUGAGACAGCGGCCCUGGGAGGUCAUUUCGCCACUCCACCACGGAGAGUUCCUAUUCCGCAAUGGCGAUUCCAGGCGCAUCGUCCGGAUGAUACGGCUCCAGAUCGAAUACUCCAUCAACAUCGUCGCAAUCGUACAGUCGGUGCCCAUCGUCGAUCCCAAAGCUUCCUGCGAUAUCUCGCCACUAUUCGGGAACUCACUCAAGCAAUGACGGAUGUUCAACGGCAAUGGGGUGGGCCAGCCUGUGAUUCACUGCACAUAUCCCCAAUCAGCCUAAGCCCACUGGGUCAACAUCGGUCCCAGGAACCUCCUCCAGCAACAAUGCUUGGACCGAGUAUCACAGGCCUCAGACAGGACAUGAUCAAUCUCUCGAUCCAUUCGCACAGCCCUCGGCCAUCAUCUAGUCUACCCACUAUCCAGAUGGUUCCCCCGACUUCAGCGACAUUGUCUCCACCUCCGCAGCUGAUCAUGGAUCCUCUAUGGAAAGUGAACAGCCGCAUUACGGAGGAUAAUACUCAACUCCCCGCCCAUUUGACUCUCUUCGAUCUGCAGAUUUCAGGUAACUCUGAGGUUAGUCGCGAGAGACACCCAGUGUCCUGCGAGUGUGACAUUUGCCAAGCCGAAAGCAUGUCUUGA